AUGGUGGGUCCCUGCAGAGGCUCCACCAAGUGGGUAAAGUCCGAUGGCCUGUUGAUGGAAAAAUUGGAAAAGGUUGCCGGCAAAAAUAAGUGGAUUCGUAUCAGGGAUCAGCUGCCCCUACUCAUGAGCCAUUUCCGCAUGCACGAGCAUCUGUACUGCGACAUGCGAAGGCCGCGUCCCGGUGAGAUUUUUCAACCGCCACGUACGUACACCCAAGAGGAGCGCGACGUCGUGUGGCGGUUGGCCAAAAUAAGGUUUCCUGAUGUUGAUCAUCAGGAAGUUUGGUACACGUUUAAGAUGAUUUUUCAAACGUACAUGGACGAUCUGGAGAUGGGCAUUGAGAAUCCGUGGCCGCGCCUUUGGUGGUUGGCCUUGGAAAAGCUCAGAUUCCUUGUGAAUGUGCGCUAUCAUCCGCUGGAGCCAUACUACUACAUAGUCCACACCAAGAUCAGAGAGGAAGUGCAGCGAUGCAGUAUUUUCGUGACGAUGAUGACUCGCCAUACCGCCGAUAAGACUCAAAAGUCCAAUGCGUGGGGCAACCAGGUCCGCAUAGAUAGCGAGCCAUUGCCCUGGGACACUGAGGAGGCCAAGCGUCUGCUGACGGGAAACUGAGAGCCGACAUAGUCCUACCCACCGCUCCUGCUCCACUUCCGAGUGCGGCCGCGGCUCCACCUGCCACUCUUCUUGGUACUUGUCACCAGCAGCAGUGCCCGACCAGUGCAGUCCAGAACUGUCCAAAAUUGACUUGCACAACGGAGCAACACCUGCCCAUUAUACCUGCCUUCGAGGUGACCAAAAUUCUACGACGGUUUCCCAACACCUACGCUUCUGUCUCCUCCGUCGAAAAGCGCUCCGCCUGGGUGGAGCUGAAUGCCACAGUGACUGAUUGUCGCUUGAGCUUGCAGUACGCCCUGCGUCAGUCACUCAUCCUGAAAAUCGCUGAUCCAUCUAGCCAGUGCCAAAUGGGGCAAAACUAUUAUCGCCACAUGAACGAAAUCUACAAGCAGGUGAAGCUGACUAUCGAUGCCGAUCAGCAGUUGGUGCGGACGUCCCAGCAACUCAACCAAACGCUUUUGCCGAAACGCUUUAUGUCUGAAAUCACCAUGAGCAACAGCAAGCCAGCUUUGGUUCUCAAGAACUGGGCCCAUGCCGUUGGCAGUUUUAGUCCUGUAAGCCAAAAGGCACUGAUCCAAAAGCUGACCGAAAUUUUCUCCAAGCAUGCGGAAGCAUCGGAAGAAGCAAAAGCCAAAAACAAGCAAGCGAAAAGAAACGAACCAAACGCGCCUUGACAAUCGCAAUCACAAAUACUUCAUAAUUUAAUUACUUUAUAUGCGUUUUGGCUUAAGUAUAAUAAGACUACAGUUUUGCAAAAUAAAUGUAAAAUUUUGCAUAGGUAAGAAAGCAACAAUACAGUUGAGAAUACUAGGAGUACGCAGGGUAUACUAGUCAAUUUUAAUUUAAUUAACCUUAGGACAAAUGAUGCCUAAAAGGAACUUUGAAUGCCAGCUUAAAUGUAUACAAAAUGGAAUAUAGUACCUAUGUAUGUAGUUAUAAGGAUUAAGAUUAAUUAUUAAGUAUUAAGAUACUGCUGUGAAGAUCUAAAAAAUAAUUUUCAAUUGGGCUUAUGGAAUGAGAUGAAUUUAAACUGUCAAAUUUUUUUAGUUUCAAAAUUAAAUUUAAAAAUAAUUCGAAAGAAUGCUCUUAAGUAAAGAAAAUUAUUUAUAUGGACUAAAAGGACUAAAGGACUGUUUGCUGCAGAGUGAUGAAAGUAAA